AUGCAAACUGCAGCACAUAAAGGCGCAGAAACACUCACCUUCUCUGAUCAACACCCAACAGGAGAGCAGCUGGCGCUGCUGGGGGGUGUUGCUGCUAUCCUGCGUUUCCCUGUUAUGGAGGAAGAGGAGGAGGAGCAGCAGCAGGAGGAUGCUGCUGCUGCUGCUGCUGCUGCUGCUGCAGAGGCAGCUGAAGAGAAACGGGAAAUGUUGCUGUGA